GGACAAGUACACCUGUUCUUCGUUGGAGAGGACUGCGAUGGAUUGGUUGCUACAAUGGAAACAUCCAAUCCAAGUGGUUGCUACGACGCACAAUAAACAUUUGUUCCAGACUCUUCUCCAUUCCAGGCCGCCGCCCCUCGUCAAUUUCACCGCACAACUCGCGAGUCGCGCCCCCUCACCUCUCGUGAAACGGCGCACGGGACUCGGGAGACCCUGCCGCCGUAGGCCGUCGCCACUUCCGCCAUCCGGUCGUCUCACAGGCCCUCCUCUAACGAGGGCUCCACAUACAGAUCUGUGGGGGAUCGAGCAGGCUGCAAGGAACGGCGGCGGCGGCGGCGGCAGCAGCGGCCGUCCCGUCCGCGUAUACGUCGUCCCCGCCGGCGACAGGCUGCCCUCCUCGCCAUCCUUCCUACCGGCCGCCCUCCUCGGUCGUCGCCGUCCUCUCCGCCGGCCGCUCUCCGCGCUGGCAGCAGCAGCUUUACUACUCGUGCAAGCUAGGUAUGAGUACAGAUGGGCUGAUGGUGUACAGAUAAAGAAACCCAUAGAGGUAUCAACACCAAAAUAUGUGGAGUAUCUGAUGGAUUGGAUUGAAGGCCAACUUGAUGAUGAAUCCAUAUUUCCUCAGAAACUUGGCAUACCGUUCCCGCCAAACUUCAAGGAAAUAGUCAAGACAAUAUUCAAGCGUUUGUUUCGUAUUUAUGUCCACAUACAUCACUCUCAUUUUCAGAAGAUUGUCAGCCUAAAGGAGGAGGCUCAUCUUAACACUUGCUUCAAGCACUUCAUUCUGUUCACAAAUGAGUUUGGCCUGAUUGACAAAAAGGAGUUGGCUUCACUCCAUGAGCUAAUUGAAUCCAUCAUCGUUCCUUACUGAGGGGAGGAAUACUCGGAUGGUACUAAAAUGAAUCUGGAGCUCUCGAUGCUGAUGGCUGAGAUAUUAGUCUAUUUGUGACAAUACUUCACUGGCAUAGAGCUUGUUGUUCCAGUUAUUAGACAUAAAAGAAAGGAGACUUGACAUUGCUAAUGCUAUAUUUGCUUGUACCCGUAUUUUCUCCUUGAUUCUAUAUUGGCCAUGUAAAUGUGCCUGUAUGACUGUAUCAGCUCGGCGAUGUGCUAAGAAAGAAAAAUAGAAAAUAAUUUUGUCCAA